AUGGACUCUCCAAAUCCUAAAAAGAGGAAAUUUGGUUUCACCGAUCGUCCACCAACAGAAACCCAGGAUUCCACAACCACCUUGAGCUCGGAUAAAACUAAUGAGAAUUUUAAAAAGGAAGUGUUAAAUGAUGAAUCAUCACCUGAUAUAAACAGAUGGACUAAUGCUCCAUAUUCUUCGCGCUAUUAUAGACUUCUUGAGGAUAGAAAAAAGCUCCCGGCAUGGACUGCCAGGCGGAAUUUUAUCAAAUUGGUAAAAAGGAACCAGGUUUUGGUACUAGUUGGGGAAACAGGUAGCGGAAAGACCACACAGAUGACACAGUUCGCUCUGGAGGCUGGUUUAUCGGGGAUGCGUCCAAUAGCAAUCACACAGCCGCGCAGAGUCGCAGCCAUGUCAGUUGCAACCAGGGUUGCGGAAGAGAUGGACGUGGAACUUGGCGUCACAGUGGGCUACUCGAUCAGGUUCGAGGAUAAGUACUGCGACAAGACCCUGCUGAAGUUUAUGACAGACGGCAUGCUGUUGAAGGAAAUCACGACUGACCGAACGCUCUCUAACUACGGGAUGGUGGUACUGGACGAAGCUCACGAGCGGACAAUAGCGACCGACGUGCUGUUCGGGCUCUUCAAGGACCUGAUUAAGCUGAGGCCGGACCUGAAGCUGGUGAUCAUGUCGGCAACGCUCGAGGCGAAGAAGUUCCAGGAGUACUUCGGAGGCUGCGACAUCCUGAGGGUGCCAGGGUCGAUGCACCCGGUCGAGAUCUUCUACACAGUGGAGCCGGAGAGGGACUAUUUCGAGGCCUCGGUCAGAACAGUGGUCAACAUCCACAUGGCGGAGCCGGAGGGAGACAUUCUGCUCUUUCUGACUGGAGAGGAGGAGAUCGAGAACGCACGCAAGGAGAUCGAGGCGAUGCUGAGCAGGAAGAACUGCAAGGACCCAAUAACAAUACUGCCGCUGUACUCGUCACUGCCGCCGUCGCAGCAGCAGAGAGUGUUCCAGAGCGUGGAGGGCAGGAAGGUCGUCAUCGCAACGAACAUCGCAGAGACCUCGAUCACGAUCGACGGCAUCGUCUACGUCAUCGACCCGGGCUUCAGUAAGCAGAAGAUCUACAACCCGCGAGGGAGAAUCGAGUCGCUGCUGGUCUCGCCAAUCUCGAAGGCGUCGGCGCAGCAGAGAGCAGGCAGGGCAGGGAGAACGAGGCCCGGAAAGUGUUUCAGGCUCUACACUGAGGCGGCCUUCAACAAGGACCUCGUGGCUGAGACGUACCCGGAGAUCCUGCGCUCGAACAUAGCGAGCGUGGUGCUGAGCCUGAAGAAGAUGGGCAUCGACGACCUCGUGCACUUCGACUUCAUGGACCCGCCGGCGCCGGAGACGAUGAUGCGCGCGCUCGAGGAGCUGAACUACCUGAAGGCGCUGGACGACGAGGGGGAGCUCACGACGACCGGCAGCCUGAUGGCGGAGUUCCCGCUGGAGCCGCAGCUGUCGAAGGUGCUCGUGGAGGCCAACGAGCACUCGGCGGCCCUCGAACUCCUGAUCAUCGUCGCCAUGCUCUCGUGCGGCAACGUGUUCCUGAGGCCGCGCGAGGCCGCCAGGGAGGCCGACCUGGCGAAGUCGCAGUUCUCGGCGCCCGAGGGCGACCACCUGACGCUUCUGAACGCUUUCAACUCCUAUAGGAGCGUGCCGCAGUCCUCAGCCAGGAGGUACUGCCAGGACAACUUUUUGAACCCGAGGUCACUCUCUUCGGCCGUGAACAUCUACGACCAGCUCCACAAGAUAAUGGCCAAGCACAACCUGCUUGCCCCCGCGGCAAGCUCAGCCCCUGCUAUCAGUUACAAUUCGGCUCCCGCAGGCCUACCCGGUAGCCGUGGCGCCCACAGGGACAUUAACUUGGAAAGGGUUAGGAGGGCCCUGGUAACUGGCUUCUUCCAGCAAGUGGCCUACCGGAGCGUCCGCGGCCACUACCUGCUGGUCAAGGACAACCAGAGCGUUGCUCUGCACCCCUCGAGCACUCUCCAGCACUCUCCGCAGUGGGUCAUUUACCACGAGUUCAUCCACACGUCCAAGAACUACAUUCGCACCGUCUCCGACAUCAAGGGGGAGUGGCUGAUUGAGAUCGCACCUCACUACUUCAGCACCGAGGACAUGCCCAACGGCGAGGUCAAGAGCGCCCUGGUCAACCUAUACAGGAGCCGGAGAAGCUGA